AUGCCGCCCAAAAAGGUGGCUGAGAAGCCUAAAGCCAAGUCCUCGCCGACGCGCAAGUUCGCCAAGACGACCAGCUUCGGUGAGGGAAAGAAGAUGGGCAGUUUGAACUCGUUCCAAGGCAAAUUGAACUUUGGUGCUCUUCCCAUCAGCUCUUCAUCCUCCGGAUCCGCCUCGACUUCGGCCUCGACGUCGAACAGCUCAGGCUCCACCUCGGCCCCUUCCCGCCUGUCAUCACAGCCCUCACAAUCGGCCGGUAAAGGCAAGGACCGCGCUUCCGUCGAUCCCCCCACGCAGAGAGAGGUGCGAGAAGGAAGCGAGAAGGAUAGCAGGCUCAUGCCUCCUCCUCCGGCCGGACUGCAGACCAAGUCGAGGCUUGCGGCUGUUUCCAAACCUGCGCCUGGGAAGGCGAAUGCCAGCGGUAAAGGCAAUGGAACGAUCAACGGCAAUGGCAAUGUUAUUGGGAGGGCCAAAGCGAAGGGAAAGGAGAAGGUGGCGGUCAUUGAAGUGGGAAGUAGUAGUGACGAGUCGGACGAGGAGUCGGGAGGGCGUGGGAGUUCUCGGAGAGCAUAUCGCCGGCAAGAUGGGAUGUGGGCAGAUAGCUAUCCGCCCUUGACGGAGACGGACCUCGCACCGGGGAAAGCACGCAUCGCAAAGGUCAAGAAUUGGCUACAUGAGGCCUUGUAUGGGUGUACGGCGGAUGCGCCCGCCCAGGCUAGGCAGAACCGGGCGGCGGUAGAUAAAGUGCGAAAGUACAGGCGGAUACUACUCCUCACUGGACCUGCGGGGGCCGGGAAGACGACGACUGUGCGGGUGUUGGCGAAGGAUAUGGGAGUGGAUCUGAUGGAGUGGGGCGAAGGGCCCGAGGAGUGGAAUAUGGGCGGGAGCGGUAUGGACCGCGAAUCCUCCAUAUCCAAAUUCUCAACCUUCAUCUCCCGCAACACCUACGCCCCCUUAUCGUUAUCGACCUCGGACGUCCCAUUCUCGGCCCUCGCUCCCGCCUCUUCCUCCUCAGCCUCUUCCACUCCCGCUCGACCCCGGAUACUCUUCCUGACGUCCCUCCCGAAUAUCUCACACGUACCAACCAAAGAAACCUUCCAUGCCGCCCUCCGCUCAUUUUGCAAAUCCUACGAAAGCUCCAGCUGCCCGAUGGUGAUCGUGCAUUCGGAGGUGGGGACGAAUGGGUCGGCCGAGGAGAGUUGGAGGGAGAGGGAGAGGGGAGGGAGGGAGGGGAGUAUGCAGUUACUGGGGAGGGAAGUGAAGGAUGGGCCGUGGUGUUCUGAGAUUGAAUUUCUCCCCGUCGCCCCGACGUUCCAAAUCAAAGCGCUCAAACGGGUCCUCGAAAACGCCUCCGCCGCCUCCCCCUUCCCCUUACCUACCGUCGCCUCCGUACAGCUCCUCGCACUCAACUCGAACGGUGAUCUUCGAUCGGCGGUCAAUUCGCUGCAGAUGCUAUGUAUGCGCAUCAAGGCGGAGAGUAAGAAGCGUGAUAACGGUGCUGACGUGGACGGUGGGGCUGGAGGUGGGGGAAAGAAAAGGAAGACGGCGUCGGGAGGGGCGGUGGCGACGAGCACGGGAAUGGGGACGGGGAGGGGGUCGAGAGGUGGGAGAGGGGCGAAGUUGGAUGUUCCGAAAGAUCUCCGAGCUGUGCUCGACGCUCUUACGAGGAAAGAACAAUCCUUGCAUCUCUUCCAUGCACUCGGGAAGGUGCUUUAUAAUAAGCGCCUCGACGACCCUUCGACGGAUAAUGACGAUCGCGCACUCAUCGAUGAGAUUCGUCAAAUACCGCCCGACGACCCAUUACCUUCUCACUUGAAAGAAUAUGAGCGUCGGAAAUCGCUCGUGCAGAUGGAGGCUUUCGCCGGCUCGAUACCUAUCGACUCGUCCUCUUUUACAUUAUGGCUACAUCAAUCCCUCCCUUCUUUCUGCGUCGAUGUGGAUGAGGCAUCAAGAGCAGCAGACGAGAUGUGCUCUGCGGAUAUCAUGCGCACAGAUGACGAUAUCUGGCAAUCCUCCCAACAAGCCAUCUCUUACGCCCUCCAAAUAUCCAUCCGGGGCGCCCAGCUGUCACUCCCCUCCCCCGUACCCCGCGCGCACCAAAAGAUCCUCAAACCCCAGUUCUUUGACUCAUUCAAGGCCGAAAAGAAGAAUCUGGAGUUGAUGGAUGUUGCGGCGGGAUAUUUGGCCAAGAAGGCGGCGGGGGCGAGUGUCGCGUUGGCGGAGUAUGAGAUGGGUGAGCCCGCACCAAAGCAAGAGCAAGGGGCUGGGGGGUCGGCAUCGGCCUGGGCGUGGGGCGGGUUUGUGUCGAGGAGGGUAUUGGCGAUUGAGAUUGUGCCGAUGUUGGUCAAAAUGCAGGGACUGACGGAGCGCCCUCUUUUGCCUGCUUCAGUUGCGCCACUGAGAAUGCCAGCUUUUGGGCGGAUGACGGGCCGAACGGAAGGUGAAGAGCUCACGGCGAGUCAGAAUGACGUGGAUGAGAUGGCAGCGGGGAGGAGGAAGGGGAUGAGGCGGGGGUGUUGA